AUGCUACUGUUACUAGCAGUACUUCUCCUGCAGACAUUUGCGGUAUGUGGCAAGGAUCCUGAGCUAGUCGUAUUUACAGUAGCUACUGAAGAAACAGAUGGCUUGCGCCGUCUUCUCAAAUCAGCGCAUGAGUUCGACUAUAAAGUGAAAGUGCUUGGCCUCGGAGAAGAAUGGAAGGGUGGAGAUACUAGAAUUGGCGAGGGUGGAGGACAGAAAAUUCGGUUACUGAAGGAAGGAUUGAAAGAGUAUAAGUCCCGCGACGAUGCAAUCAUCUUGUUUGUUGAUGCGUAA